GCCGGGAGCAGCGGGGCGUGCCCGCGCAUGACCCCGGCAGUCCCUGCGGGGCGGAGGACUGGGGCUGAGCGUCCGGGAUCAGGUUCCCUUCUCCGGCGGACAGUGACGCAGCCGGGUUGGCCGUCAUGGAGCCUCUCACAGAAGCAAGUGGGACUUUUGCCUUAAACCUUUUGAAAAUGCUGGCUGAAGACAACUCGAAGAAUGUGUUUUUCUCACCCAUGAGCAUCUUCUCCGCCCUGGCCAUGGUCUCCAUGGGGGCAAAGGGAAACACUGCCACCCAGAUAGCUCAGGCUCUUUCUUUAAACAAAAUCAAGGGUGGUGAAGGUGAAGAUGUCCACCAGGCCCUCCAGUCACUUCUCAGCGAAGUGAACAAGACUGAUAAGCAGUACUUGCUUCGAAUGGCCAACAGGCUCUUUGGGGAAAAGACUUGUGAUUUUCUCUCAGGUUUUAAAGAUUCUUGCCAUAAAUUCUACCAAGCAGAGUUAGAAGAGCUCGACUUUAGGAAUGCUUCAGAGGAAUCCAGAAAAUACGUAAAUGCCUGGGUGGAGAAAAAGACAGAAGGUAAAAUUACAGAGUUGCUCACUCCAGGUUUAGUGAAUUCAUUGACUAAUCUGAUUCUCGUGAAUGCCAUCUAUUUCAAAGGAAACUGGGAGAAACAGUUUAACAAACAGCAUACCAAGGAGAGACCAUUUAAAGUCAGCAAGAAUGAGAAGAAACCUGUGCAAAUGAUGUUUAAGAAAGCUACUUUUAAGAUCACCUAUAUAGGAGAAAUAUUCACCCAAAUUCUGGCGCUUCCCUAUGUUGGCAAGGAGCUGAAUAUGGUCAUCAUGCUUCCAGAUGAGAACACCGACUUAAAAACGGUGGAAAAAGAAAUCACUUAUGAGAAGUUCAUGGAAUGGACGAGACCAGACAUGAUGGACGAAGAGGAGGUGGAAGUGUUCCUCCCACGGUUUAAACUGGAGGAGAAUUAUGACAUGGAGACUGUCCUUUGCAGCCUGGGCAUGACCGAUGCCUUUGACCAGAGCAGGGCAGACUUUUCUGGAAUGUCUUCCCAGAGAAAUCUGUUUCUGUCCAAGGUUGUGCACAAGUCCUUUGUGGAGGUCAAUGAGGAGGGCACAGAGGCCGCAGCUGCCACGGCCGCCAUCAUGAUGAUGCGGUGUGCUAGGAUUACCCCCCAGUUCCGUGCUGACCGCCCCUUCCUCUUCUUCAUUCAGAAUGUUAGGACCAGACAGAUGCUGUUCUGUGGCCGGUUCUCCUCCCCAUGAGGAUGUGGCCUGCACUCAUGCAGCCCUCUCCUCUCUCCUGCUGACCCACUUCCCUCUGACACAUACACUGUGCCUGCACCCCAAGUGACCUGACCUGUGCAGCAACGAUAGUUCAGAAAUAAAGGGCCUGGUUGUGGAAGCGCUGUGAAA